AUGGUCGAGAAAGAGAUUAGGCAGAAUGUCACGGACGCUUCGAAGUUCGCCCCCCAAAGGCAGGAGUACCUUGUAGGUCCCUUAAAGGGCAGCCGUGAUGCCAUAGAGAACGACGACCUCAAAGUAGUAAGGGUGAAGCACAUGGAACUUCCUAUUGGGGAUCUUGUUUUUCCUCUUGCGAUUUCGACGAGUUUGGACAAGGGGCCGCCCCAGCUUGAUGAUCAGAACUGUUUUGUGCAGGGGUCUAGUCUAAAGGACAAAGGCCUCACCUCGAUCACUGAGGACCCAGACAACAUCUUCGAGAGUGGGAUUGACUUGUGUGAGGGAUCUAUUCUGGAGUACGACUGCUACCACUUCAGAGAAGACAGCACACACAGGUCGCUUUUGGCUUACGUCUUGGCGCAGCGUGUGCGGCUGAUCAGUGUGGAGCACGCCUUCAGCAAACUUCCAGAAAGGUGUCUCGAUCGUUUGGUGAGCGAGUUCCCUUAUGACCCCACCUCAGAGCGCGAAUAUUUGAUGCCGUCCAUUUUCAGCAAAACCCUCUGCGCUCUCAGACCUCCCGCCGCCUUCAAAAGAAGGGGGAGAUCCGUGAGGCAGCAGAACGAUGCCCAGACGAUGCACUGCUUCCCCGGAGGUCAGCAAGGACGGUUGCAGGCCUCUCUGAGGGAGGGCGAGGGAGGCGAUGAGCCUAUGUCUGCAGAAAGCAUUGCAGAUGCUAGCGACAUUACAAUGGAGCCAACAGUUGAUGCGCCGUUGGCACUCAAAGAUGCAACAGCCAGCGGCUUCCUCCCUCCUGAGGAACCUCUGCUUGGUGCAGAUGAUGAUGACAUCGACCAUGCAUCUGAGGCUGGUGCACAGCCCCUCUUAGAGGAUCCCCUCGCAGUGGAGGACAGCAAUCUGCCUUCCACGGUAACCCCAUUGCUGACGGGAAGCAGCAGCCCAGACCAGCCUCCGGACAGCGCUCCACUCAUCGACGAGGACACGACUCAGGGCGUCCAGCGGCGAAGCGCUUUCAGGCUCUUUUUCCGAAGGCCAGUUCCGUUUUGGUCGGCAGGCCUCGUAUGCAUUGGGACCCUCCGCGAGAAGCGCAGCCGCCUCUCAGGACUCCGCCGAUCACAGGCUAUGUCCUACAGCCAGGCACUGGGAGCCAUGCGAUUCCUUUCGACCAUUUCAUGGCAAGAGCCCAAGUCAGAGCAGCUGAACUCGCUCGCCAACAUCAAGGACACCUCCGCCCACAACGUUCCCUCUAGACUUUUUUACCAGCUUCGUUUCACGCCUAGGCUCGCAGCAUCUGAGAACAUGCCUACGGCCUUCACAGCUCUCUUUGGAGCUCAGUUCGUGGAUCAGAUGACACUUCUCGAUGUGACAGCCAAAAAAAUCAUGGAUGCCUGGAAGAAGUGGCGAAAAGACCGACUCGAAAUCAAGAAGUGGAGUCAUCGCUCCACUUCGCCUGGACGCCGACGCAUCCACUCCUACCAGGCUUCUAUAACGUUGAUUGACAACCUCACAGGCGUCGAGCAGACAUGGAAGACAGAGGACGCCGAUGGUGAUGAUUGGCCCUAUGGUAUACUCACGGACAGGUUUAAGGAGCAGGUUAAGGAACGCCACAUGCAGCAAAUGUUCAUCGAAGAGUUCGUCCCGAUGAUCUCAACUUAUCCUUACAUCCGUCGUUUGAUCCCCGGAGAAGAGACCAGCAAAUUGAUACCUGAUCCACUGCCGGUGUACAUUCAGCUGCCAACGUUGUCUGGAUGGCUUACUGGCAACAACUCGAUGGACUUGAGCCACCACGGUCGAGAGAAAUGGGUCUAUGCAAGCAAUGAAAGCAAGGAUCGCGGCCCUAUUCACUCGAUCGGCGGGCGCCGCGGGGAUCAGAUCGACCAGCUGAACUUCGUCGGUCAAAGCUCUGUCCCCUUGCCAGAGCACGGCACCGGCGGGGAAGAGAUGCCAGAGAAGGUCUUCCAAGGGAAGAUUUGUGGGCUGGACGUGGGAUACUGGAAGGACUGGAUGCAUCGCUUCACGGUUUUCAAUAGCAAGAACGCCGCUGAUAGCUGGUCGCUGUUUGAUAUGGGGCAUCGCACUGCCCCUGCCGGGAGCCUCUCCUACGGUUUCUGCCGCAUCGCACCGCUCAGCGGUUACGCAGGUCCUUCGGUGGAAUGUACCAGAAGGUACAACAUCGCCCUCGUCAUCGACUUCACUCAGGACUUCUGCUUUGCGUCUGCAUUGCACUGCUUCGUAUGCAGUCCGUGCAAGUUUGAGUUGAAAGCACCGCAGAUUGCGCUGCACUCCGAGUUCAUGUCAUAA